AAGAGUCUAAAUCUGGAAAAACCUGAGGGGAGAAGUAAAAUCCUCCUUGAUUAAAUAAUCAUAUUGAAAGCUCUCCACUAGCUGAGACAGAGCAGAUGAGUACUGCAGAGCAUAACUUUCUGAUUCCUGAGGAUCAUUGCAUUGUAGGCAGCUGUUUUGUUGAUGUCCAGAGGCUGCAGGUCUCAGCCCUUGCUGCCAGUUUCCCUAAAAGCAGGGCAACUUUCUGGCAACAGGCCCAAAUUCCAGGUUGAUUCAGCAGCUCAGUGACAGUUAUAACUCAGAGUUAUCUUCUCUCUUUUAGUUCCUGAUCCCACGUGCCUGCUCCAGUGAUGCUUUGUACCAUAGAGGGCUUUCCUAGCAUGAAGUGGAGCUUUGGAUGCUCUUUCCAGCUGGCUGGGAAGGAGUCAGGCCUCAGCACAGCAAGACCCUGGCUCUCAGCUGACUGAAGAGAGACAUGCCUGGUGCUGUUGGUCCGGAGCUGCUGGGGGUCCAGUAAGCCUCAGCUUGGUUAGAUUGCAGAGUUUGGGCUCAAGGCUGUUCCAAGGCUCUGGCUGCAUGAUGUGGCUCUUGGGAGAACUUUGUCCAAGAGUGGGGAGGUGGUGAUCAGUGCUCGUAGUCAUCAAAGACUUUGAGGGAGUUCUCCCUGUCUGUGCUUCUGGGGGGGGGAGCUUUUUGCAGCACGCUUCCCACCUCUGCUUCCUGACCCAGGUCACAGCCAUAGCCUGGGUGCAGCCACAGCACCUGGGAGCCCCCAGCAUCUGUUGGGAAAAGGAGGGAAAAUGAGGCUGAAAGCAGAGGAGUCACUGUGACAGCUUCCCACUGCUGGCUCUUAGCUUGCCUCUCACAGCAGUAUCCAAGUGUCUCGGUGUUUGGGGUCUUUACCCCUAUGGUUUCCAAUGGGAAAGCUUUUGUCCCUUCUGGGAGCGGGGGAAAUGAAGGUGCUGGAUGGUCUGUGCUGUGCCUAGGGUGGUGCUCCUGGGCACUGCCUCCUCCAGCACAGCCAGAGUGGCCUGGCUCUAGAAGCUGCCUGGCACCAGCAGGAAGGAGCAGGAUGCUUUGCAGGCAGCAGUUGUUGCCCAGGCCGCUGCCAAGCAUGAAGAACAGCUGCCAGGUGUCUGGGAAGUCGCUGUGUGCUGAGGGCUGAGUGUGUGCCCAGCAGGGGUCCCCACUGGGAGGUGGCCCUGUGCCCAAGAGGAGCCGAUCCCGAGUUGUUAGCAAGGGUUCAGUUUUACCACUGCAUUGAUAACUCAGGUGUGUGGAGCUCUGCUCUUUGACCAGGGAGCACCUUCUUAUCAGAGGUUCACUCCAAAUCUGGGCUCUGUACUUUUAUCAUACUACACAGGCUCAAUAGAGGUGCUUCAGCAAACAACAGCAAAAAGUUUUAACGUAUUUUUUCCAUUUGCAGCUCUUCCCACAGGUUUCUUCCUGGCUUUGCUUUGGCAUUCCGCUUAUUGGACUUGGUUUUGAGACUAUCCUUCCACUUCCCAUUCAGGUUGUGCUGCAGGUUCAGGAGAACAUGUGCUCAGUUGUGCUGGUCAUGCUGGCUUGGCUGUUCCUCCCAGGUAUUGAUGUUAAGUCUGCUGGGCAGUCCCAGGGAGAGGGUGGCCACGCAGGCCCUGGAGACAUUCGGAGACAUCAGAGGGGACGUGCAGAACACCGGAGACACACUAUUGCCAAUGGUGUGGACUUUGGCAUGCUGAAGCAUAUGAAGGAGCUGGAACAGGAGAAGGAUUUCCUUCUUCAGGGUCUGGAGAUGGUUGAGCGUGCCCGUGAGUGGUACCACCAGCACAUCCACUUCAUGCAAGAACGCCAGAGGCUUUUGGGGAAAAACAAAACCAGCACUGACUUCCUUCCUGAUGGCAGCCAGAGCCACCUGGGACGACUGAUCCCAAAGCUGCAGGAGGUGAACCGCUGCCUGGGUGACCUCUUGUCAGCUGUGGGCAAGCCAGGGAACUCCACCUCAGCGCUGAGCAGGCUGACCCCCACUGCCCCUGCAGUGUCCCCAGCCUCAGCAGGCUCCCAGCAAGCCAUCAACAUGCUGAAGGAGCAAAACCGGCUUCUCACGAAGGAAGUGACUGACAAGAGUGAACGCAUCACCCAGCUGGAACAGGAGAAAUCUGCUUUGAUCAAGCAGCUCUUUGAGGUGUUCAUCUCGAGGCCUGUGGAGGCCUGGAACUGCCCGUGGUGUUUCUGUGGGAAGAAGCUGAGGACAGUGCUUCCCUGAUCUGCUUGGGCAGGCCUCGGGAGUCCCCUCCCUGCCAUGCUGCUGCACAUGACUGGCAGUGCUGCUCACAAGCUGCUCCUGUUCAAAACUGACUGCAGUUGACUGCUCCCCCACCUUCUAACCCCCAGUGUGUCGAGUGGAAACAGUUGCUGCCCUUACUGUGUGAAUGGGGAGAGCUGCUGUACCCUAGGCCUCACCUAGGCUGAAUUCUGGCUGCUUUUAGAAAAAGAUACUGCAUCUUUAACAUUCCAUCUGGCAUUCCCAGGCAAGCCUGGCCACUGAAGGGCAUCCUGUCUGCUGCUUGUCCCUCUGUCAGAGAACAGGAUUGAAAAUCUGUAACGGGGGCGUGCCUAGUUCCUCCCUGCUGCCUGUGUUCUGCCCGCUAGUCGAACCAAACUGGGCUAGAGCAAUGCCUGAGCUGGUGCUCCUCCUGGGAUAACCCUUUCCAGUUUGCUGUAGUGAUGCCAUAGUCGCUGUUUACACGUUUGCAGGCUCCUGUAGUUAUUGAGCCAUAGACCUGGAUCAGGUAACCUGCACCUCUGAGCUGCUCUCUCAGGCUGUUUGCAGAUUGAGGCAGAUACCUCUACCUCUCUUUAUCUUCCUGAACUGGCAAACAUUUCCUUGUGACUGCCAGACCUAUAUUUUUUCUUGAUGACUUUAAAAGGAGAGUUUAUGUCUUGCAGCAUGAGCCUGAUUUCACAGUGGGGCUUUAGGACUCAUUUUCUUGUUUAACUGAAUGUGGGUGAUGGAGAAGAGGCUGAUGGUCUCUUUCUUUUGCACAUCUCCUAGUGGAGAAAUGGCAGCUUUGCGUGGUGGUGUAAGCAUGGGUCAUGUUAGACUGAUGUGUCUCAGGAUACCUUCUCCUUUCCAUGCAACUCAGUGAUGGGGCUUGACCUGAGCAAUGUUUUCCAGUGUGGCUUGGUACUUGUUGUUGGUACAUUUGUAGGUGAUCGGUAUGAAUCCCCACCUAGCACAGCCCUGGCCUUUCUCCUCAGCAUUGUUUCGUGUUCAGACUCCUGGCACAGUGUUGUAGCACAACACACUGGCAAAAAGUGUUGGCCUGCCCUGCUGUGCCAGCUUCAGCUGUGUUAGGCUGGGAACCGUGCAGACCAACUCCUUGCCCACUCCUGAGAAGAUCCUUUUACCCAUCCAGUGUGGUUUGUCUCACCCAACUUUCUGAGCCUGACCUUGACCUAAAGCUCACUGCAUGACGUUCAGUCCCUGCUCUUUUCUUGCACCUGCAGCCAGAGUGGGGAUCAGCAGAACGCGAAGGAGAGGGAGGAAGAGCAAGGCCAAGGGAGUCAUUGCUUAUCUGCAGGAGUAGGGUGUUAGUUAUCCCCUGGGCAUCAGUGCCUGCCAGCCCUGUCCUGAUGCCACCUCUGGUGUCUGGUACCUGUUUUACCUGAGGCUUAACAAAAAGUGACUCUCCUCGUAACAUGUCUUUAGGGAUAAUAAAGUGGGGUGAUCUAUUUAAUUUA